AUGAAAGGGACCAGAAGCAACAAUCAUCCGAGAAAGAACUCCCCCCAUAAGGAGAAGACUGCAACUUCGAGUUCAGCGACUCCCCCGCCAAUUGAGGAGGAUGGGCAAGACCCUCCACAAGGGCCCCCAGUGGUACAGCAGACUUCUAUCGAGACCAACCCUUCCCCUUUGAGGCCCAAAGACUACGAGGACGCCCGUAAAGAUGCGAGGAAGGAAGCCGACCUCAUGAGCAAGUUCAGGGGAACAGAAGACCCACGUGGUCUGGACGGCUUCCUCUCCCAGCUCAAUGUCAGGCUGAGAUUGAAUGGUUGGGUCACAGGCUUCCCACACUCCUACUAUCUCCUUGUGAACUCGUUAACUACUGAGGUGGUCGAAGAGAUCUUCGUCAGCACGGCUGAGUCCCUUCUUCAAGUUCAACGUACUCUUGAAUGGUUCGAGCAUGCCUACAAUGAUAUCCUAACUGAACUGUACGUGAACUACUAUGAUCCUUCCAUGCGAACUCUCCUCCUCGCCAAGUGGCAGCAGACCCAGCAAUCCCACACUCAGUCCUUCGAGGUGUACCUCAAGGAAUUAGAGAGGCAACGGGUACUGUUGAAGCACAACAAGCACCAUAUCUCGGAUCAAGAUCUAGUAGAGAAGCUGCUACUGACUACGACAUCGCCUUACAAGGACUGGGUAGCAGAGUGGGUUGCCGAGGAAAGAGAACCGAGAGAGAUGGUGAGAUUACUCAGAAAUCGAGCUCGAGCUACCACAGCUCAGAAUAUGUUCAAGUCCAGCACUGAGACUCUGGCUGGUAUCAAUGCCCCUGACCAGAGUCAACCAAGAACCGGUGUCCUCAAGUUGAGGACCUCAACAAUAACACCAAUGCUGCUGCUGAAUCUACACCACGUCGUGUUAACUACAAGGUCCUGA